UGUUUGUUAAAAGCUUCAAGAAUUCUCUCCAAUUAAAAGAAACCCAUCGGACGGGCGGACGAUGUACUUACUUGGAUUUUACUUGGAUUUACUUGAAUGUAGAGACGUAAAGAUUAUAGCUUAUUUGCCCCUCGUCACGUUGGGUAGUCUCUAUUGGAAAAUUAAGAAGAUGGGGUUUUCCAGUGCCUCUCAACAACAGAUAUAAACAUGUUAACACUAGUGGUAGAAACUGCGUCCUCUGAUGAAGCAUUCCAAUUAUUUAUGCUUCUAAUUUAAAGGAGUUCUGGCUUGACUGUAAUCUGCACCUAGGCUUCUUUAGUUUCAUGCUAUAACCCCUGGUUCUGCCACUUUCGUCAAUCAGAAAUAAGUUGUGUAGUUCAAUACGACCAAGUCCUCUUGAAAUCGUGUAUGAAACUCUCACCCGACAGUGAAUUCCAACGGCUUCUGAAGCUGUAUAAUAUUUAAUUUUAUUUUCGGAUCUCUUUUGGUUAUUGCAUUUGGAUAUACCUGGCGCUGGAAAAGAGGACACAUACGGACAGAACAGAAAACCAUGGCAGAGGUAACAGACGCAGUUAUUUCUUGGUUUUGUGGAGGAGAAAACUCGUCUACCGUAGACGAUGUUUCAAUCAUUCUACAUCAUCCUGGUAACUGGGCCUCCAACACCUGUACAAUUGACCUCGUAUUCCUUAUCUUGCACUUGGUAUUUUGUAUGAUGGCUUCACUGGUUUUAAUCUUCAUACCUGUAUGUAGCAUCUCUCGUACAACUGAUCAUGCCUACAUCAUCCGCUAUCCAGGUCACGUGGUCCGUUGGUUGACGUAUAUCCUGUACACUCUUCUAUGUAUCGGUAUGAUUGUCGAAAGUAUCUUAACCUCAAAUGACCAUUACUUUGAUGGUCCACCGAGACUGUACAUCGUACCACUAGCUGGAUUCCUGGCCGCCAUCUUUGUAAUGGUAUAUUAUCAUUACAUGGAAUACUGGGAGCUACCGGGAAUGUGGCCUGUACAGUUCUUAUACUGGGUUUGCCUCCUCGUCGCAGAGUGUUUCAGGGCCCCUGCGUUUCAUCACGAUAAUAUUACGUCACGUCACAUGAUCUGGAUCUUCAAUAAGUCAAUGGUAGCUGUGGAUGGAGCGAUGUGUUUGGUGGAAAUAUAUUUUCUGAUGAAAAAGGGAUUCAGCCUCGGAUCAUCACCUAAAGAACAUCCUCCAGAAUUGAGGAAUCUGAAGUAUCUUCACGAUGAUUGUAGUUUGCCAUCAUCUCUCCUCUAUGCAUGGAUGAACGACCUGUUUAUGAAAGGCAUGACGCAGGCAAUAGAUGAUGAAGAUAUGGGGAGUCUACCCGAUGAGCAUUCUACAAAGAACUCCAGCGAACGAUUCGCCAAAAUUCUCAUCCAAGAACAGGAGAGGGCCAGAACUAAAGGCCGUGAGAUCAGUUUCAAUGGAGCUCUCUACAGAUUCCUUAAGAAAGGAAUAUACAUUUCUGGAAUUCUUAAAUUUGUUGGAGAUACGUCAGGGUUUGCCGCGCCAUAUGUCAUCGCUGGAGUUAUCAGAUGGGCAACUUUGCAGAGCAAAGACAUCGAGGAGACAGGGCCAACAAAUCAUAUGCUGGAGUCAUAUAUCACGGUGGGAGAUUUCUUUUCCAAUGGAUAUGUUCUGGUGACGGUCCUCUUCUUCCAAUUAGUCUUCCAAAGUAUCUGUACUCAAUUAAGUUAUCACUAUAUCAACUUAGAGGCAGCCAAAGUCAGGGCUGCCAUACAGUCAGCAGUGUAUGCCAAAGCCUUACGCCUGUCGAGUUCGGGGAUUGGUAGUGGGUCCCUCACCAUCGGUCAAAUUACCAACCACAUGUCAGUCGAUCCUGCGACUAUAAGCUUAGCUUUGAGUUGGUUCCAUUCCUGCUGGUCUAUACCAUAUCAGGUUGUUAUAUACAUGAUCAUUCUCUACUGUGAACUUGGAGUGUCAGCUCUGGUUAGCUGCGUCAUACUUCCACUGUCUAUACCUGUUCAGAUCUACAUUGCUAAUAGACAAUUAUUGUACCAAAAGGAGGCUAUGAAACUGUCAGAUGAACGGUUAAAGCAGACUAACGAGGUACUGCAAGAAAUGAAAGUCGUCAAAUUAAACGCUUGGGAGAGAAUAUUUCAACAGGCUAUCGAGGUCACAAGAAACAAAGAAGUCGGUAAACAAAAGGUUCAAAUGUUCUGGCGUGUCCAGCUAAAUUCCCUGGCCAAUGCAGUCCCACUUCUUGUUAUGCUUGUAGCUCUAAGCCUGUACAGUGUAUUCUCCGGCAAGAGCCUGACUCCUGACUUAGCCUUCACAUCAUUAGCAGUCGUCAACCAGUUUCAGCUUCAUCUACAGUUACUACCAAGAGUGUCGUCAUUCUUUAUCAUGGCUUUCGUCAGUAAACGUCGACUAGAAAAGUUCUUCAAAGCUCCCGAGAUCGAAUGCAAUUCAUUGAAGGGCGGUGAAACGAAUGAGGACAACGAUGAUAAAGAAAAGAAGAAAAAACUCACCAAUGCCAGUGCUUUGAUCCAAAAACUGAAGAGAGGGUAUGAUAAGAAAUAUGGAUCAAUUCCAUACUCAACGUUGUCAAACGAUCAUAUUGAAUCUCAAACGCAAUCUAUUCCUAUGGCGAACAUGAAUGCUGAAACAGUUCCAUCGGGCAUUGCAUUGAAGAUCAAAAACGGUUCAUUUUCAUGGAACCGUGAGCCCAGAACACCCAUAAUAUCCGAUGUGAAUAUUGACAUACCGGCAGGUCGACUUACAAUGAUUGUUGGUAAGAUUGGAGCAGGUAAAUCUUCUCUCUUGUCGGCCAUGUUGGAUGAGAUGAUCACGUUGGAUGGUGUAGUCAAACAUCACAGCAAAAUGAUCGGAGUUGCAUAUGCAGCACAGACAGCGUGGCUGAUCAACGCUAGCCUGAAGGAUAAUAUCGUAUUCGGAAACACCUUUAGCCAGAAAAGAUAUAAAACAAUAUUGGAAGCAUGUUGUUUACAACCUGAUAUUGAUAUCCUCCCUAUGGGAGACCAAACGGAGAUUGGUGAGAAGGGUAUCAACCUUAGCGGAGGUCAGAAGCAACGCAUCAGUGUAGCCAGGGCCAUGUAUAGCUCAAAUGAUGUCGUCCUUUUGGAUGAUCCACUAUCAGCCCUUGAUGUGCACGUUGGUAGUCACAUAUUCUUCAAGGGUAUUCUUGAUUUCUUGAUCGAGGAAAGAAGAACUGUCGUGCUUGUCACACAUCAGAUCCAAUACUUGGAACAUGCUGAUCAGGUGGUCUUUCUCAAAAACGGACGUAUAGCUAGGAAAGGAACAUUGCGAGAGAUUGCUAAAUUGGAUCCUUCCCUCGUAGAGUCUUGGAAUCUAUCUCUCAAAGCGGCCGAUGAAGCAGAAUUAGAAGUCGGAUACUGCAGUUCAACAGAUGAAGAACGAAAAUUACUCAAGAAAAAAAUAUCGAAGAUUAAGAAAGGUCAACGUCCACAAAAUGACGACUCUUCAAGCAAAUUGAUCGAAUCGGAGGAGAGGAAUAGCGGUUCGAUAUCCUAUCGAUACUACUGGUAUUAUUUAUGUCAGUUUGGAUUAUGUCCAAGCUUCUUCGUAUGCAUCUUUGCUAUACUUCAGAACGUGGCUAAAGCUGGAACACAAUUCUGGCUUUCUGCCUGGUCAUCGGCUGGUGCCAAGUUACCCAGCAAUGCAACAGCUGAAGAUUGCAAUGCUUUGCUGAUGGAAUAUGUCGGUGUAUACUGUGCUCUAAAUGCUGCUGAUAUGGUCCUGUGUGUGGUAUGGACAAUGAUUCUACUUUUUCAGAGUGUCCAAGCCUCAACGAAUCUACAUAAUUUAAUGCUAAAUCGAAUACUGAGAGCACCAAUGAGAUUUUUUGACACGACCCCGAUUGGACGAAUCAUGAACCGCUUUGCUUCUGACAUGCAGAGACUUGAUCAGACCCAAGGUCUAUUCAUCUUGGCUGUAUUAAAGUUCUUCUUAGCGACCAUGACUGGAGUGAUAAUUAAUGCAAUCAUCUCCUGGUAUUUCAUUGUGGCUAUGAUCCCCAUCAGCCUGGCUUACAUGUUCAUUAUGAAAAUCUUUAUUGAUAGCUCAAGGGAAAUGCAACGGUUGGUGAGUAUUUCCUCCUCACCCGUCUUCUCCCAGUUUACUGAGUCGCUUGGAGGAUUGACUACCAUACGGGCCUACAGACUUCAGAAAAGAUUCAGGCAGAAUAUCGUUGGUAAAAUCGAGAGAAACCACGUGGCUUACUGCUUUCUUCAAGUUAGUACGCGAUGGCUGGGGAUCCGAUUGGAUGUGAUAGGAGCCCUGAUUGUUCUAGCAGCUGGACUGACUAGUCUUGCUGCCUCGGCUCUUCAUCCAGCUACUUUUGGCGCUAGUCUUGUUGGUUUGGCAAUAACAUAUGCAGUCAAGGCUGCAUAUUCCCUGGCAUGGGUUGUUCGUAAUUCAACCUGUGUCGAGUUGGGCAUGAAUUCUGUAGAGAGGAUCGAGUACUAUACCAAGGUAGAGAACGAGAAAUAUGAAGGGUCUGUUACUCCAAGCCGUAAUUGGCCAGAGAUGGGCCAUGUAAUAUACAAUCGAGUACAUGCUAGGUAUGCGGCUACCCUACCUGCUAUCCUUCAUGGUGUUAGCAUUGAUUUCAAACCAGGCAUGAAGGUUGGUAUUUGUGGCCGAACAGGGAGUGGGAAGUCUUCGCUGACACUGACACUUUUCCGCAUCAUCGAUACAUUUAAAGGAUCUAUACACAUCGAUGGGAUCGAUAUCGGGAAGCUGUCUCUCGUCGAUUUGCGAAGUCGUCUUGCCAUCAUACCUCAAGACCCUUUCAUGUUCACAGGCACAGUUAGAUUCAACCUAGAUCCUGAGGAAAGGCAAUCAGAUGCUGAUAUAUGGGAAGCAUUGGAAGUUGCCCAACUCAAGGAGCUUGUGAGAGAUCUUCCAAACAAUCUCGACUCGCUGGUACACGAAGGAGGAGUUAAUUUCAGUGUGGGUGAAAGACAACUCUUCUGCCUUGCUCGGGCUAUGCUCAAGAAAAGUCGCAUUCUGAUAAUGGAUGAAGCAACGGCCUCCAUUGAUGUCCACACGGAUGCUAUUCUACAGGAAGUCGUCGCAACUGCUUUCCAGAAGGAAACCGUCAUCACAAUUGCGCAUCGUGUAUCAAGUAUCCUGGAUUCAGAUCAGAUUGUUGUACUCUCCGAAGGACACGUCGCAGAGGUGGGAACACCAAAAUCUCUGCUAAAGAGAAAAUAUGGUAUCUUUGCUUCUCUUGUCAGAAAUAAGCUUUAACUAAGUGAAAUUUCCAUCAGCUUGAUUACGAUAUGUCACUUCCACUUGUUCACAUUAUAAGAAUUUAAGAAUAUUAUUCUUUAACAGUACAAUCGGAGAUGUAUCAUGUAGAAAUGAUUUUAUAUGUUGUCAAUAUGUCAUGCGGCUUUGGUCAGGUGACAACAGGUGGUAUAGUUAUCAAUAUAUUUUAGACCUAAAGAGCGCACUCGCGGGCACAAGCAUGAUUUAAGUGUUAAGGGUCUUGUAAAUGUGGUAUCUUUAUACCUCCUUUGAUUUCAUGUAUGUGGCCAAACAAAAUGAUGUAAAUGUUACGAGGUUCUCUCGUUUUCGUAUAUGAUGAAUGAAGAGCCCUUUUAUUAUGGUGUAUCUAAUUAGGUUCAUAACUCAUUCAUCUAUGAGAAUAAUGUUUCCUUUAAGGCGCUCAUAAUUCGGCGCCCCUAUACUUGUAUAACCCGGAUUGGUCAAAGCUAUACAGACUGCAAUGCAUUAAGAAUUUCUUCUGACAAGGUAACCAUGUACUUAUGAUAGGAUGAUGAAAGCUUUUGUGAUAGUAAUUACUUUAGUUAUGCCCUCACGGUGACCAUUAUGGUCUGAAUACUCCCCAGGGAAUGAAGAUCGUGCACAUUGUGUGUAUGAAUGGAUCCGUUGACCUGGGG